GCUGCUCACUCGCCACCCACCGCAGGCCCUCCACACCCGUGCCCCCACUGCCCAGCCAUGGAGGCCAUCAAGAAGAAGAUGCAGAUGCUGAAGCUGGACAAGGAGAAUGCCAUCGACCGGGCCGAGCAGGCUGAGUCAGACAGGAAAGCUGCCGAGGAGAAGUGCAAGCAGGUGGAGGAGGAGCUGUCGCACCUCCAGAAGAAGCUGAAGGGGACGGAGGACGAGCUGGAGCAGCGCUCCGAGGCCCUGCAGGACGCGCAGGAGAGGCUGGAGCAGACGGAGAGGAGAGCCGCCGACGCCGAAGGGGAUGUGGCAGCUCUCAAUCGACGCAUCCAGCUCGUGGAGGAGGAGUUGGACAGGGCUCAAGAGCGACUGGCCACAGCCCUGCAGAAGCUGGAGGAGGCAGAAAAGGCUGCAGAUGAGAGCGAGAGAGGAAUGAAGGUGAUAGAAAACCGGGCCAUGAAAGAUGAGGAGAAGAUGGAGAUUCAGGAGAUGCAGCUCAAAGAGGCCAAGCACAUUGCUGAGGAGGCCGACCGCAAGUACGAGGAGGUAGCUCGUAAGCUGGUCAUCCUGGAGGGAGAGCUGGAGAGGGCAGAGGAGCGUGCCGAGGUGUCUGAGCUAAAAUGUGGCGACCUGGAAGAAGAACUCAAGAACGUCACUAACAACCUGAAGUCGCUCGAGGCUGCGUCUGAGAAGUAUUCUGAAAAGGAGGAUAAAUAUGAAGAAGAAAUUAAACUUCUGUCUGACAAACUGAAAGAGGCUGAGACCCGUGCCGAGUUUGCAGAGAGAACAGUGGCAAAACUGGAAAAGACAAUCGAUGACCUGGAAGACAAGCUGUACACUCAGGAGCUCAAGUACAAGACCACCAGCCAGGAGCUGGACCAUGCUCUCAGUGACAUGAGCUCUCUAAGAGGCCGCUGGGUGCCGCCCUCUGUCCUAGCAGUCCUGAAGUCUGCCUUCUCGCUGUGGUGCCUCCACUCCCAUGGGCAGUUGGCUGCCUCCUGGUUUGAUCUUUGAAACUGUCUUCUGCUGUGUCUGUGACUGGCUGAAACAAAGACGGGCGGUCCUCAUCUUCAUGCCCUCUCAUUUUCAUUUUCUCCACGUGCCACUUUAGAGCCGUGGCUGUGAUGCCCUUGACCGUGGCCGCAACAGAAAGUGGGUGGUUCAGAUGAAGAGCUCAUUUCAAAAGGAAAAUUAUGCCCACAUGAUUCUUUUCUGACGAUGCGAAAACAGAAGCCAGUUUGGCAUGAGCUCUUAAACUCGGUGUUAGCGAACUCUAUCUGCAUGCCAACAGCGGUUUUUCCUUCAAUAGAAAUUAUUUUGAAUGGAAGCUCAUCCAACCUCUUAAGGAGCUUAAUAGAGGCAGCAGAACUUGCAAAAACUGGUUUGUGUCUAAAAGAGGCUACCCUUGACUGGGCAUGAUCCACAGAUUCAAACAGUGGCGGUGGAUUUGGGUCUCCUUAUUCCUCCUCUCUGCGCUUGUUUUCUCUGUGUUACUGUGCUCUGAGAAUGGUGCCUAGGGCUCCCUCUGUCUUCACUGUUGGUGGCACAUCUCUCCAGCUCCCAGUGCUGGGAGGAAGUUCACCCGUGAAGCUCACUUCUGUACCCUGCCAUUACAAAACGACCACACAAGGAAUUAAAGGGCAUCCCAUUAGCAGGAAAAGGGAGUGGAAACUGCUGGAAUGCCAAAGAGAGGAAGUGAAGUGAUUCUUUCCUCAGUUCCAAACGGAGUUGCCUGAGAUGCUAACAUCUGUCUCCCCUCAUACCUGAGUUAACUGUAACCAGGAACCCUGCUUUGGCUUAAAAAAGUUGGCCUCUGGGGGUUAAAAGGUCAUGCUUACAGUAACUAAAAGCUCAUGGAUUUUUCCAAAAGAAUCCAAAUUUCAAACGGUCUAUCCAUUUCUCCCCUGCGCCCACCCCCCCACCUCAAAUUGUCCCAGAAACACUGACAUUUUGAUGUCCGAGCCACAUUUUCCAGACUGCCCCUUGAGCCUGAAAAAUGGCAUGAAAAUCUCCAAUUAGCAUCAUCCAUGUUUGGUCACUGUAGCUUGUUAUUCCUCGUCCUGUUAUUUUUUAUUCAGGUAAGAACCCAAUUGUUUAUAUUCAUUCCUCCAGAAUACAUCUCCCCUACUCCCCACACCCUUCCACCCCCCCACUUCUGUUGCUAACUGCCGUCCUCCCUGAACUUUUGCAUAAACUACCCUCCUCACACACUGCCAUCCGUAUGCCCUCGGAAAGAUUACAGACUGUAGGGGUGAGUGUUUUUGGUUUGCUCUCUCUGUAUUUGUUCCUGGGAGUUUUCCAGACAUCUGUAGCCUCCACCCUUUGAAUAACUACAGCCCUGCCCAUCCAGUCAUUCACCUCACUAAGCACCAGGUGGAACUUCAUUCAGAGAUCGGGGCUUGGAGACCUGCUGCUUCCUGUUGACAGUCUGUGGGCCUGUCACAGUUCUCGAGGGCAAUCAUCACUUUAAGGGAAAGUUAUCUCAGACCUAAUAACAAAGUGGAUGCCAGGGAAUCUAAGUGAGGUGAGGUCAGGAUUUGUAGCCGGGCCAUCUGGCUUUGGAUUCUAGCCCUACCACUUUAGCUGUGCGACCUUGAACAAGCUACUUAGUUUUUCUGCAAAAUAAAGGUGAUAUGUCAGUCAUUGCGAGGAUUAAAUGAGAUAACGGAGAAACUGGCUCAUGUAUAGUAGGCACAUAGUCGCUGUGUGUGCAUCCAGACUGGACAGGCCCAGGUCACUGUUCUCUCUCUGAAGGAACCCUCCCAGGUCAUAGUCGCCUGAGUAGUAAGGGCCUCGUCAAAUGAAAGGUUCAGUGGUUGGAGUUGAAAGGCUGCCAUCCUGGCUGUCAUUUUUCGUUCCUUUCUGAAAAGUUCCAAGCUGAUCCUAUCACAUUUUAUGAGGCGUUUUUGCUUUCCUCCAGUAUUUUAAUGAGUCUUGGCCUAGUCCCUUAUCGGCCCUCGCUCAUUGCAAACCGGUUCUCUCUCGUGCUCUGUCAUGCAGAGCUCUUAAUGGCAUCUUACUUUUUCUUUUUUUUAAAUCUAUCUCAUCGGCUCAGUCACUUAAUAACAUACCCAUAGUCGCUUAAAUUUCAGCCAUGUUGCAUUUGCCUGAGUUUGAUGACAUUGCUACAGACACACAGACACAAUACCACAAUGACGCCUGGAAUUUAAACAGCCAUUCCCAGAAACUCCAAAGGAAAGAUGAGUUACAGGACUGCGUUUUCCUCCCAAAGGCUCGAGGAAGGACUAAUUAACUGGCACUAGGAGGAAAAUGUAUUAAGUAACCCAUACCUAGGACUAAUAUCUUAUGUUUGUAGCACUUUGUAAGUUCUAAAGCAUUUCUCAUUUGUUCCUUAUAAUAACUUCUAUACCACAUUGGUAUUGUCAUCCCCAUUUGACAGAUGGGGAAACAGACCUAGAAAAGUUAAAUGCUUACUUCGGUGGCACACCUGGGGCUUCAAUCCAGGUGUUCUGACUCUAGGACCGCCAGAUUUAUUAGCAAAUUAAAAUACAGGACAACUAGUUAAAUCUGAUAGGCAAUGAAUAAUUUUUUGAUAUAUCAUGUAAUAUUUGGAGUAUAUUUAUGCUAAAAACUUCUCAUUUAUCUGAAAUUAAAAUUUAACUCAAUACCCUGUACUUUAUCUUGCGACCCUACCCAGCUCCCAAAUUGGGUACUUGAUCUCUAUUCUGUGGUGUUCUGCUGCACUUAAAAUGCAAAGUACCUUCUCUGCUAUGACUCUCAUUCUGACGGUUUGGAGUUUAGAACGCUUUUCUUUUUUUCCUGUAACAAAGAUGCUUAUUAAUUUAUUUUUUCCCCUACUCUUAAUCCU